AUGUUCACCUCCAAGAUCACCUCUGGACUUUGCAUUCCCGGUCCCAAGGGAUCUACCAGGCAAUAUGUCUCCUUGACUCCCUAUGUAGUCUCGGGACAAUACCGAGUAGGCCUUGAGGCGCCCAUUAACAUCAGAGACCCGGGAUUCAAAUCCAGGACAAAGAAGCCCAAGCCUACCGCCUUGGAGCUGAGAAAAAUUGUCCUUGACCAUAUGGCCCGCGGUUCGAGGAUUCCCUGGCCAUAUCUGGAUCCACAGUCCAGGAGAAAAUACAUGUUCCUCCGAGGAGCGGCAGAGUUCUUACUCUGACCUGGCCCUCUGGACAUACUGGAAAACUACUAACAAAUAAAAAAAAGGUUGAAAAAAAAAGACGCUGGGCAUCGGGGCACUUGGUGGUUCUUGUGCUCUGGUGCCUCGGCGCCAGAAAAUGCAAAUAAAUCCAGGUAAAUACUGGGACUAACAUAUAAUCUGCUUGCACCGGAAUUUGUGCUUUCCUUUGUCUUGUUAUCAGAGUCAAGUAACUCUCUCCCUUACAAUAAGGGAACAUUUUACUGCUAAUUCAUAGGAUUGGAAUCCUCGGAUUCGGGGGUCUGGUGCAGACUGGGGAGAGUCUGGCACUGGGUCCAUGA